AACCCGGUGACGGAGCUCGGGUGAGAGGCCGUCAGGUGACCCUACCGCGGACUGGAUCCUGUCCAGAGUCCGUCUGCUGAGCGUCUGCAUCUCCUUCCAGCCGUAACGGAGCGACGGUAAAGCUGCGGCUCCGCUCGAGCGACUCGGUUCGGACGGGAUCUCGCGCUUGGGUUCGUCGCGGGGUUCGGGUUCUGAUUGAAGCCUGACUUUGGGGUUCUGGAGGAGCGGAGCUGCGCGCGUGGAUGCCGCUCACGGCACGAGGCUCUUCCCGGAGGAAGAGGAGGAGGAAGGCGGCGGAGGAGCAGCCGGAGCCCGCAGAGCCUCCAGCACAGGUGAUGGCGCCCACCAGGAUGAAGCUGCGUCGCCGUGACAACGCCGCCGCCGGUCCAUCAGCAGGAGGCGAUGCCUUGGAAGCGGAGGGCCGAGCGGGAACACGCUCCAGCAGCCGGAGGAAGAGCAAAGCCGCCGCCGCCGCCUCCUCCUCCGCCUCGGUGCGGGCGGCCAUGGCGGCGGACGAGACGUCGCCGGACUCCAAGUGCCCCAUCUGCCUGGACCGCUUCAACAACCUGGCGUACCUGGACCGCUGCCUGCACCGCUUCUGCUUCCCCUGCAUCCAGGAGUGGUCGCACAACAAGGCGGAGUGUCCGCUCUGCAAGCAGCCCUUCUCCUCCAUCCUGCACUCCGUCCGCGCCGAGGACGACUUCAAGGAGUACACGCCGCAACCGGCGCCGCCCCACAGCAGCGUGGCCGCCACCGUCGCCAUGGUGGCGGCCAUGGCGGCGCGGAGCGACCACCACAUGCGGCUGAUGCUGAGGCGGCACCAGGCGGAGGACGGCAGGGAGGCCGCCACUAGGAGGCGGAGGAGGGAGCGGGCGUCCCGCGGCGGUGCCGUCCCGGAGGACAGGACAGGGCUGUGGGAGUGGUACCUCGGCUCCCGCCAUCUUCCCGUCACUCCUUCGCCUCCGCCCGCUGCGCUCCGGAACGUCAGCGCCACCAGUGAGCGCGCUCGCUGGCGCCACGCCAACCUCCUGGCGGCGAGGCAGCGGCAGCAGAGGGAGAGGCUGGCCUUCCGCCGCUCCCUGUACUGCCAGGGGAUCCGCGUCCGUGGCGUGGCGGGGCCGUCCGCCCUGGAGGGCCAGCGCGACCUAUCGGCGGAGAGCUUCCGCGAGUACCCGCCCCACAUGAACCGCAUGCGGCGCUGGGUCCGCAGGGAGCUGAAGGUGCUGUACGGCGCCCACGCCACGCUGGUGGACAUCGUCCAGCGCAUCAUCAUGGAGCACCUGCCGCGCCACGGGCUGGAGGACACCGCCACCAUCGAGGAGGAGCUGCGGCCCUUCCUGCUGGGCCGCACCGAGCACUUCCUGCACGAGCUGCUCAGCUUCGCCCGCUCGCCGCUCGGCAUGGACAACUACGACCGCCUGGCCAUCUACGAGGCCUUCCCCGGCGCCCUGAACCUGGACGGCCUGAGCAGCUCCUCCAACAGCAGCUCCGUCAUCGCCAUCUCGGAGGAGGAGGAGGAGGGGCAGAGGGCGGGGCGAGGCGAGGAGGGCGACGCCAGCGAUGAUGUCAUCCAGACGGGAAGCUGCCUCAGCCAAUCAGGCUGGGAUGACGAGACUCCUGGCCCCUCCUACUCCACCGCCGAGCCAUCGCCUCUGCGCACCUCGUUUAGCCCCGCCCCCCAGGAGCCAACCAAUGGGGAGCCAGCAGAGAAGGGGGAGGAGGAGGUAGAGAUCGUCGGAUACAAGAAGCCGAUCGCUGAGCGCACCCCCGAGCUCGUGCAGCUGUCCUCCGACUCUGAGGAGGAGGGGCAGCAGAAAGAGGCGGAGCCUCAGCAGACCGCUCCUCCCCCCGCCCCUCCCUCCACGUCCAGCCUCCGCAGGGAGGAGCAGGAAGCUCCGAGGAUCCCUGAAGGGGUGGCGGCCCGCCGCGCUCGCUCGUGGUCUGGUAGCUCAGAGCGUUCCCUGCGCUCGCUCAGCCCGGCCACGCCCCCACGGCGAGGACCCAGCAGCGCCCAGAGGGAGGGCGAAAGGAGGCCCAAAAAGAAGAGGGGGGGCCACGGGAGGAAGAGCGGCACUCUCUGCAACCCCAACCGCUCCAUCUACCCCCCCAUGCUGCGCCGCAUGGCCUCGCCCUCCAGCUCAGACUCCUCCCUCGACGCCGCCUGGGAGCUGCGCGGCGCCCAGGUGUCCCCGCUCUCCUCGCUCGUCUCCACCCCCUCCCGCUGCUCCUCGUCUUCAUCGCCGCUCUGCUCCUCCCCGCCGCCGCGGACUCCGCCCACCCCCGCCCUGUCCCCCGCAGAGUGCACGCACAACGCCGAGAAGCCCGGCGGGAAGAGGAAGUACAAGAGCCGGCACCUGGACGACGCCAAAGACCCGUCAUGGAGGCCGAUGGGUCGCGAGAGGGGGAGGGGGGGCGGGGACGGGAGGAAGAAGAAGAAGAGGAGGAGGCAGAGGGAGGAGUCUCAGCCGGCGAGCGACCCGGUCCACAGCAGGAGGUCCAGGGAGGAGCGCAGCCCCAGCGUGGAGAUCGUCUACGAGGGCGUGGCUACGCAGCCGCCACAUAAACGCCGCAGGAAACGCCGGCCGCAGCACAGCAGCCCGCCGGUCAUCAUCACUCUGGACAGCGACAGCAGUGCUGGCCCCGCCCACAACAGCGCCAGCAGCAGCCCGCUCAGCAGCCAGCAGACCGUCGACUUCUCUGACCUGCCCCCCCUCUCACUAGCGCCCUCAGCCGGCGUGGGCCGGGCUCUGGACGUCGGGGAGCUUCCCGUCAACAUUCUGGACCCGGGUUCUGACGGGUCCGACCUGGAGCUGACGGGCCGGUCCCAGAGCCGCAUUGACAUACAGAGCGAGAGCGACGUGGACGUGGAGAAGGUGGAGGACGCCGGCGACGGGGGGGAGGGGCCAAUCACAGCGGGAGACGGUAACGGUCCUGGUUCUGACAUGAGCCGGGCCCCCAAAGGAGAACCGGAUGGCACCAGACCUGGGGGGAGCAAUGCCUCCCGACCCCCACCCACCCUCCAGGAAGUUCAGGUCUGAGGCCGACGCCUCGCCCCCCCACAGACUCCCGGAUCCCCUCAGACAGUCUGAGCUCAGCUGACCAGAACCAGAACCAGAACCCGUUUGUGUCUGAGACUGUUUCCAGAAUCCUCUGAGAUAUUUAUUUUUUCUACUGUUUGCAUCCAGCUGACAAACGCUGGAGACCUGGGACCAAAGGCAUUCCACCAGAACCAGAACCAUCAGCCGUGUUCUCAGAACCGGACCUCGGAUCUGUGCAGAGGAACGAAGGUCUGUGGUUCUGCUGAUGGAGGUCCGUUCCUCUCAGGGCUGUAAAUAAACGCUACCAACACCGGA